AGUAUUUAGAGUCACGUUACUUUAGCCAACUUGUCCGCUUCCAAGCAUGUCGAAUACUGCCAUGUUUAACUGGACGCACAUAUAGCAACUCAAUUUAAACUACAUUACCCAGAAACAGAAGCGCAUUGUACAGAUUUUGAAAGUUGCUCUGCCUGUUUUCAUGCUUGCUUACUAAUUCUAAAACUCAAACCCUCCAAAAAAAAAUCUAAAUUUAGAAGGAAGAAGGAAAAGCUCAUUCCAUAUGAUCUCCACCAUGGAAGACUCACCGUACGGUUCGAGAAGGCGAGACGAGCCGGAGUUCAGCCUGAGAGAGUGGGCAGUGAAGGCCCGGAUCAGCCGCGAAAACCUGAAUUCCAGAAGGUUUUCAGCUUCCUAUAUUCCAAGCUUCAGAGAGGACACAAGGUCUUUCAGAUCAAACAUUACAAUCUCCAGCACUGCUUCUUCCCCUGGCUAUAACUCAAGAGAUGAAAUCGACCCGGCAACGUACUCAUUCACCACAGCUCUCAAAGCAUUGCAGGCAAGGUCAGCUUAUCAUAGUUGGGAAGCGUUAUCACCAGAAGGGUUUGUUUUGAAUUCAAAGUGGAAUGAAGCAGAGAAAUACAUAAGCAACCCUCUAUCAGGGCAGGUUCCGAUGGAGUGUUUAUCUGCAAAAACACUUAGCGGAAGAUCGUUUCGCAACGCAACGAAUCGAAUCACAAUGUCUGCACCUCUUGUUUACUUCCCACACGAGACCAAUCCAUACAACCAACAUUGCCAAGCCUUCUUUUAAUCCUACAAAAGAAGAUUUGGCUCCUCAAUUUCCAGUUCCAGCAAAGAAAACAGAGGGCAUGACUAGAGAUGUUGGGACUCAAAGCACUCCUCAUGAUUUGAGUUCAAGUAGUAGUCCUAGCUCUACUUCAACCCCUCCGAUCGUAGAGAGAUCGUUAAAUCGAUUUCGAGGAGGAGAUUCGUCUAGAACAAGUGCAAAAUUAAAAUCUGACUACGAGGUGGAAGUGAAAGAUACAAAAGAAACAGAAAGCGAAAAAGAAGAGCAAAAGUGCAGGCAAGGUGGGUGCUUGUCAUGGAUGAGAAAAAGGUAUAGAGAGAAACACAAACCAAAAAGCAAGAAGAAUAUCUUUCUUUCUCAUCUGAAUCUCAAAGCGUCCUGAGAAAAUUAAAUUAUUAUUAAGAGCUGAAAUUAUUAAUAUUGUAAAAAAAGAAAAAAGAGAAGUGAAUAUUUGUAGGUAAACGCAGAGAUUUUCCGUGUCUCUUGAGAAAUCUUUCGCAGAGAGGAAGAACAAAGAACAAUCAAUCAAUGUAUUAUUAUGUUUAUGUUUUGUUAGUAUUUUGGGUCAGUGAUGAUGUUAAUGUUUUUGUU